GAGCGCUGAACAGCUUUGGGCCGAAGGACCAUGAGAGGGCCGGAGCCGGAUCCCGAACCUACCAUGGAAGGAGACGUGCUGGACACACUGGAGGCGCUGGGGUAUAAAGGACCACUCUUAGAAGAGCAAGCCCUUACCAAGGCAGCAGAGGGUGGACUGUCUUCACCUGAAUUUUCAGAACUCUGUAUUUGGUUAGGCUCACAAAUAAAAUCAUUAUGCAACUUGGAAGAAAGCAUCACUUCAGCUGGGAGAGAUGAUUUAGAGAGCUUCCAGCUUGAGAUAAGUGGUUUUUUAAAAGAAAUGGCAUGUCCAUAUUCUAUACUCAUAUCAGGAGAUAUUAAAGACCACCGUUUAAAAAAGAAGGAUGACUGUUUGAAACUUCUGUUAUUUUUAAGUACAGAACUUCAAGCUUUACAGAUAUUACAGAACAAGAAACGUAAAAAUUCUCAAUUAGAUAAAAAUAGUGAAAUUUAUCAGGAAGUUCAAGCUAUGUGUGAUACCCUUGGUGUACCCAAGUCCACAACUUCUGACAUUCCACUUAUGCUAAACCAAGUGGAAUCAAAGGUGAAGGAUAUCCUCUCAAAAGUCCAGAAAAAUCAUGUGGGAAAACCACUUCUGAAAAUUGAUUUGAAUCCAGAACAGGCGGAACAACUGGAAAGAAUCAAUGAUGCUCUUUCCAGUGAAUAUGAAUGCCGCCGGCGGAUUCCUUUGCGGAUGUUAAUGAAACGAUUAGAUGUGACAGUGCAGUCCUUUGGAUGGUCUGAUAGAGCAAAGGUAAAAACAGAUGACAUAGCAAGAAUUUACCAGCCUAAGCGUUAUGCUUUGUCACCCAAGACAACAAUUACAUUGGCGCAUCUACUUGCCGCUCGUGAAAGUCUAUCCAAGAUCGUUAGGACAAGUAGUGGCAGAAGCCGGGAGAAGACGGCAUGUGCCAUUAAUAAGGUGCUGAUGGGAAGGGUGCCUGACAGGGGAGGACGGCCGAAUGAAAUUGAACCACCACCACCCGAAAUGCCCCCUUGGCAAAAGAGACAAGAAGGCGGUGGAAGGGGUGGUUGGGGUGGUGGAGGUGGAGGUGGGGGUAGAGGAGGCGGUGGGGGUGGAAGAGGUGGCUGGGGAGGUGGAGGAAGCUGGGGCGGGGGGGGGGGGGGAGGAGGAGGUGGGGGAGGUGGUGGUAGAGGAGGUUUCCAAGGUAGGGGAGAUUAUGGUGGAAGAGGGGGCUAUGGUGGAAGAGGGGGCUAUGGCGGGAGAGGUUAUGGAGAUCCACAUAGAGAAGGUGGUGGUGGUGGAUAUAGAAGAUACUAAAAAUUACAAAAAUUAGCAGUUUUUACUUCUUGAUUAGAUACAUUACGCAUAGUGUUCUAAAUAACAUACUGUAUGUGAAUAUCAUCUUUGAAGUAAACACUACGUUAGACCCCCUGAUAACAUUCUUGAAUUGGGUCGAUAUGUAAGAACAUUGUUUUAUACUACCAGUUGAUCAUUGUUUUAUACUACCAGUAGACAAAUUGAUUUUUUCCAUAUUCUAUGUACUCUUGGGCAUGUUGUGUCUUUUUAAAAAACAAAAAAAUGAAUAAAAAUUGUUUUUAAAAAUGUAAAUAUUUAUUAACAUCAAACUUGGGAAAUGGAAAGUAUUUUAUGGCCAUGAUUGAAUUUAGACUGUUACCUGUAUUUUGUUCAGGUUUAAGACACAUAAAUGACCCCACCUGUAACGGAAAGGAAUAUAGAUUCUUGCUUCAUCUGUAUUCAUGUCAGUGUGUUUUGUAUUUGUUAAUUCUACUUCACAAAAUACAGAAAGGGACUGAUAGUUGUGUUCAAUAGGUAGUUGUUAUGGUUAGUGAUUUCUUUCAUAGGAGGAGAUUCCUCUGGCCAGGUUUCUGUUAAAGCUCCAUUAAUUGAAGGCAAAGUCUACUUUUUGCUGUGCAUAUUUGAUUUAUUUUCCAUUUGCAUUUGAAAUCUGUGAUUUUGUUUGACCCACAAAGCAAAGUUAAAGAUUGAAUUCGCAAUUCCGUUAAAGGGACAAAGACAUACCAGUUUUACAUAAUGGUGAAAAAUAUUCCUAUAAACUGGUCUCUUAAUCACUUGUGCCCUCAUUUUAGGUAUCUAAGUAUUAAAAGGUAGGCUGAGCUGUCUCACCAGGAUUAAGGCAGUAAUUUCCAGCUUCAGUAGAUCAGGGGUAGGGCUUGGUGAUUCUGACUCACAGCUAGAUUUGGGAAACACAUCGUUAGAGAAUGAUUAUAUGUGGUUUGGUGUGGUUGGAGCAGUCAAAAGCUUGAGAUUAGGAGUGGUGCGUUCUAAUGUCACUGGGCUAGGAGUGCUGUGGGUUAAAAUAACCCUAGCUCUCAAGUAUUGAUUUUUUAUCAUUUGUCAAAUGAGUUAGAUGCUUGUCCCCUUCUCAAGUUGUUUCAUAAAGACUUAAGUACAAAAGCAAUUUGUUGAAAAUGUAUAGAAGGCCUAUUAUGAAUAGUUUAAGAGGGGGGCAAGUAAUAUAUUUUUCUCUUAGUGCAGAGAGAGAGAGAGAAAGAGAACUAGUCACAAAGAUUUUUUCAGUCCCACUGUAAAAUCUGUAUCUCAGACUAGACUCCUCAUCAACACUUGUGUAUAAUAACGUUGUGUUCUCUACCCAGCUCAACAGAUAGAAAACUGAAUUGUUACCAGUGGACAAAUGAUAUUUGAUAUUUGGCAAGUUUUUUGUUGUUGUUGUGUUUUGUUUUACAAUAAACCCUGUGGUUAAAUCUAAAA